AUGAUAGUCUCUUCUCCUUUUGACUUAGAUAUUUCUAAAACUGGUUCUCUAUACUUUUUGGAGUCUGAUACCUGGGUUGCUGAUGCCGAAUUGAAUAAAUUUUCAAUUUCAGAUUUUAGUUUCUCUAACCAAUAUGUAGAAUUGGAAAUCUCUUUCUGGUCCCUCUUGCAAGGCUUGGAUGAGUUGGAAACUCGAAGCUUUGCUUUCUCUUUUCUGAUUUUGGGUUGCUUUAAUUUCUUUUUAGAUGGUGAUUUUAUAGAAUUACUCUUAUAG